GUAACUUUUGAAGCAUUGAUAAAGAAAAAUGUUCCCUGUGAAUUCCCUCAUGCUAAUUAAUUUCGUAAUGGAAACUGUACAUAAUUAACGAUAAAAUUUCAAUAUUUAAGCGGAAAGCAUGUAACAUCAUUAUCUUCUUUUCAUUUCAUUCUGAAGCUCGCAGCUCGAUGCGUUUGUCAAGUUCAUUUCAUUUGUUCAACUGGUGACGUUCCUGUAUGUCGUUAAAUUUUUAUUAAAAUUUCAUCAUGUAUGCAUUUGUGUAUCCGGUAUCGUCCGCUGUCGUCGGAUUUCUAUGCCGUUUUAUUUUAAAUAUCGUCCAUAUUCUAUUUUUCAUUUAUUUACAAAUCAAGCAUAGUAAAUUUGUUUUGCUGAAAGUGCUCUACAAUACGAAGAGUUUACUCACCGAUCAAAUGAAGCAGGAAGAAAUGGAGAACGAUUUCAUCAGUAAAAGUAUCAAACAAUUUUCCAAACUGCCAAAACAUCUUGUGUUCGCGAUAGGUGAAGAAAAAGUCUCGUAUAACGAUCUAGCUCAACUUAUCGCAUGGUGUCUUCCAACAGGUGUACCGGUGAUUAGCUUCUACGAUCAUAAAGAUGAACUGAAUGCUGAUAUGUUAUUCGACGUGUUUGUGAAAACACACGGUGAUCUAACACCGUCCAUUAAAUGGGGCGUUUCUUUCAAUCGAGAAUUCGAAUAUGGCACCUAUGGUGAAAUGCCUUGUUUACAAGUCAACAUUUUAACAUCGAAGUAUAGUCGUCGGUUACUGAUAGACUCGAUUAAAGAAUUAUCUCAUAUUCAAGAUAUCAGACUAGACGAUAGAGCGUCGGCCGAAGCUGCGUUGGAUGAUAUCAUGUUAUCGAAAUUCUCCUACUGUGCGAACCCAGACUUAUUAGUCAUUUCUGGCGAUUGUUACACUACAUUCGGAUUAUCUCCUUGGCAUAUGGGAUUCACCGAAUUCUCGCUCGUUCCCAGCUAUAAGUUGCUGACGGUGAACGAUUUUGUGGGCGUGUUAGCAACUUACGCUCGGUGCGACCAAAAAUUCGGUCGGUGAAUUACUGGCGGAAUUCUUGAAGGCACGUUUGUACAGGAUAUUUAUUGGCUGGAACUGGAACGACGAGUGGCGGUUUUAUUUUUGUUUAUUUAAUUAAUGCUGCGUUAAGAAACGCACACCUAAAUGCUGUGAUAUUAAAUGAUUCGUUGGUAAUUUUAGAAAAAGAAAAGUAACAUUAUCGUUCCAUAAUACCUUCAUUAAAAUAUUAUCGUAUUGAAAUUGAUAAUCAGCACUCAUUGUACUACGCAGCGAUCCUCGCUAUUUUUUUAAAGGAAUUUUAUUAAUUAUUCGUAAUUUUUUUUCCUUAAUGGAAAAACGUAUGCUAGAUGGGAAUGGGGUUUUCUAUUCCAAUGUUUUGUUUUUGUCUUCAAAUUGCAAAUCAACCAGAGUUCGGAUCGUUGAUUUGCAUAAAAAGUAAUCAUUUACGAGAAAUGAUUACGAAUUAAGAACUUUAAUUUACAUGCUUAUUAAGUAUUUAAUUUGAAUUCGAGAAAUAAAGCGAGUUUUCACGUGAA